GUACGUUGGACUAAAAUGAUUGGCUUAAAAACCCGUCAAUGAAAAGACAAACCAGAAAAUUUGAUUUUCGACGAAACGGAUCUCGGGUCUGUUCAUCUGUGGUGCCUGCGUAUAGGCGUGGCUUGCGAAAAGCAGGAAGAAGACAGGUAAAGAACAGCUAAAAUGGUGACGACUGAGGCGGCCAACCGGCCAGACAACACUGCCUUCACACAGCAGAGGCUUCCAGCCUGGCAGCCCAUGCUCUCUGCUGGCAUCAUCAUUCCCGGCUUCGUCCUCAUCGGCCUGGCUUUCAUAGGCAUUGGCGUGGCUCUCUUCAUCACUUCACGGAGCAUUCAAGUGUUGGAGCUUGACUACACUGGGGUGGAGCAAAACUCACCAUGCUUCAGGUGCUCAAAUCCUGAUGUGAGGGACUGUGUGUGCACACUGGGAUUCUCGAUCAACACCCUGUUUAAGGGGCCUGUGUUCUUUUAUUACGGGCUGUCCAACUACUUCCAGAACUACAGAAGAUAUGGUGUCUCCAGAGAUGACAACCAGCUCUACGGAUACUUGGACAGCUUCAAGUCUCCAAUUGAUGAAUGCGAACCCUAUAAAUAUAACAGCAACAACCAACCAAUUGUGCCAUGUGGCUCUAUCGCAAACAGCAUGUUUAACGACACAUUCAGGCUGUUUCAGAUCGUGAAUGGCCAACAAAGGUCUGUUCCUUUGGAUGGAAAAGGGAUCGCUUGGUGGACAGACUACAACAUCAAGUUCAGAAACCCCAGUGUCACUCCUCUGAGGAACGCAUUCAACGGCACUGUCAAGCCACCGUUUUGGUCCCGGCCGGCGUAUGAGUUGGACCCCUCAGACCCGGCAAACAACGGCUUCAUCAAUCAAGACUUCCUCGUGUGGAUGCGAAGGGCUGCCCUGCCUGAUUUCCAAAAACUGUACCGCCGAAUAACAGAGGGGGAUUACGCAGAUGGUCUCCCGGCAGGAAACUACACUCUGGAAAUUUCUUACAACUACCCUGUGUUGAGGUUCAAUGGCAGAAAGAAGGUAGUGUUCAGCAACGUGUCCUGGAUGGGUGGCAAGAAUGAGUUCUUGGGUAUCGCCUACCUGGUGAUUGGCUCGCUGUGUGUUGUCAUGUCAUUGGUCAUGCUCAUUGUCUAUGCCAAAUUCAAGUUCCCAGAGGAGGACUGAGCACCUUUUUCCAUGGUUGACUGUAAACCAACAAGUUUUAAGGCACACUACACUUGAACUCAUUGGGAAUAUGAUGGUGGAGACAUCAAGACUCUACAACGGUUGAUUAUGUAUGUUUCCUUGGCUUCCAUGUUUUUGAGAGUGGAAUAACAUAAUUAGGCUGUUACAAAUUUGAGAGAUCAUUGCUCAAAAGCUAAAAAACUAAAAAUCAACAUGAAUAUUUACAGCAUUGUGCGCCAUGACACAUCGACUGCUAUAACUCUUAAAAGAUAAAGGCAGAAUGGAUUUGCACACAAGCUGUUUAUUUUUCAUGUAUGAAACAGGGUUUUCUCUCAGGGUUUAUUUUUGUUGUGUUUUACCUUUUAGGAUACCUCGUUUUAAAUUAGCAGCAGAGGCCAAGAAGUUGGAUUAGCGUAUUAAAACGUAAAUGCAAUUUAUUUUACUCAGUGAAUCUCUUUCCUGGCUUUGCAAGCCUGUUGUACUUUUACUUUUUUUUUCUUUGUUUUACUUCAUGAUAAUAUUUAUGCAAUAAAAUGAUGCAGAAACGAUCCAAA